UGCUGUGGGAGUAUACAAUGGUGCAGCCACUACAGAAAAUGAUAUGGAGGUUCCUCAAAAAUUAAACAUAGAAUCACCAUGUGAUCCGGCAAUCCGACUUUGGGUAGACGCACAAAAGAAUCUUUUCAUCCAGGAUCUUGAAGAGAUAUUUCUACAACCAUGUUCCCAGCAGCAUUAUUCACAACAGCCAGAAGGUGGAAGUGACCCAAGUGUCCAUUGAUGGAUGAUGGAUAAACAGAGAGUGGAGUAUCCGUACAAUGGAAUACUAUUCAACCGCAAGAGGGAGUGAAGUCCCAAUUCGUGCUCCAAGGUGAACGAACCUUGAGGACAUUAUGGUACGGAAAAUAACUCAAUCACAAAGGGCCAAUACUGUGUGAUUCUACUUAUAUGAGGGCCCUAGAGUAGUCAAAUACAUAGAGACAGAGAAUAGAAUGGUGGUUUUGGGGAAUGGGGAACGUGUUUAAUGGCCACAUUGACAAGGCUGCAGGGACCCAGGACAUGGUCUAGGAGCCAGGACUUGGGCUUGUCCCGCUUGGUGAAGCUCCCCGUUCCAUCCUAAAACCCACAGAAGCUGUGUAGGAGGGAUCCUCUGGCGCUGGGCCUGCCUGAACCGCCCAUUUCAGCAGCUCCGGCAUCGCACCGCAUGGGAACCUGGGGAGGAGAGGCGUCUGGUGCAGAAAGGAUCGCUGGUCUCUGGAUGGCAGGUGGCUGAGAUGCUGCUCGUCACUGUCAGAGCAUGGAGGCAUCUUGGAAGCCCAUCGCAUGCAGCUUCCUUAUUUCUCAGCCGAGGCCUUUGAGGCCAGAUGGGGCGGUGACUCAUCCAGGGUCUCACAGGGAGCAACCCCUGAGCUUGUCCUUUCUUGAGGUCUGACAGUACUAUGUCCACUCUCAAGUGUGAGCAGCUCCUGGCAGGUGCCCUGGGCACGUUGGCUGAGUUGAGCCAUGAAAGUCCUGCCACCUGGUACAGAGGGAGGGGUCCACACAGGCACUGGUGGCUGGUGUGGACCUCAGCUCACCUUCUCGGGGAAUCACACAGGUGGCCAGGCCAGUGUCUGCCUUUACGUCCUAGAGGCCAGUGCAGAGCUGUGCCUACUGGGCGCUUGACAAAUGUAGCCUAGACAGGCGGGGCUGGGAAGUCUGCACAGUGGUGGCGUGAAAAGGGGCUGGUGAGCACAGGACCCAUGGGGGCAGCAUCCUGGCAGAGAUCCUGUCACGCUAUGUGGCUGGGUGUGGACUUGCUGUGGUUGGCUGAAUAGUGGCCACUUCCUAGUCCCCAGAACCUGUGACUAUUGCCUUAUAAGGCAAAAGAGUGAGGCACAGGUGAGAAAGAACUGAAGAUUGUGUGAUGAGAAGAUUAUCCGGGAUUGUCCUAAAGGCUACCUCAAAUGUCCUUGUAAGAGAGAGGCAGAGGGUGAUGACACAGACACGAGGAGAGGGCCACGUGAGGAUGCAGGUGGAGGCAGAGUCAUGUAGCCAGGAAUACCGCAGCCACCAGGGGCUGGAUGAGGCGGGAAGGAUCCUCUGGGGAGCCGCUGGGGAGAGCGCAGCCCUGCCCACCCUUGAUCUGGGGCUUCUGGCUGCCAGAACUGAGAGAGAACAGACUUCUGCUGUUUUAAGACCCCAGUUUGUGGUGAUCUGUUGCAGCAGCUGCAGGGAACUCACACACCCACCUUGAGCAACAGUCGCCUGGUGUCGUCACCGCCAGACGACUCAUGUCACACCGAGACGGUGUGGGGUCCACCAUCGUACUUCCUCCAUUCCUUUCAUGGAUUCUGAUCAGGCAGCGCGCCCUCUCCCCGCCUGCUCUCUCCUCGCGCAUCUGGGAAGUCCUGAAAUACAGGAUCCGCACACUUGCCCUGAGUUAUGCUGGGAGGUGGAAGCAACACAAACACAUGUUGGCUCCCCAGGUUGGCAUGUGCUUCCGCCGCUGCCAAGACCCUGAUGGAGCUCGUCAGAUCCACACGGGACACUGACCGUGUCUGGCCCUCCUCCCCUCGCCCACCACACUGGCUCUGCAGGGGGUGGUCCUGGGCGUGGUGGCCUGCAGGCCUCUGAAGCAUGUGGUUUCUCCAUAGUCAAACGCUGCCUGGCCGGCUGGCGGGGCACAUGAGUCCCUCUGCCAGCAGCCUCAUCCUUCUCUUCUCUCUUCCCGGCUCUCCUUGCUCUGCCCUUGCUUGUCUAAGCAGAGCUCUCGUCCAGCUUCUUGGGGCCAUCACUCAUUCACGACUCCACGGUAUUCAACUGCCUGCUGUGCACCAGGGUUUGUGCCACCUCCAGGACACACCGAAGAGGCUGACCCUGUUCCAGCCAUGUGGAGCUUGCCGUCCAGGGGUGAUGGGCAUUUACCACCCAUCACAGAGGCCUCGAGGGGAAAGGACAGGGGCCCGAGCUCACCAGUGGGCCCCUUGAGGCUCUGGGAAUGCACGGGAGUCCAGCAGGCAGCUGGAGAGAAUGGGGGAACAUGUGUGGAGCCCCAAGGUGGCGGGGCCAGCUCAGGAAGUGGCGGGGGGCCGGCAUGCCAGAGCCGAGCAAGGGACAGUGUGGGGCUGAGCUGAGGCCACAGGAGUGGGUCAGCCGUCAGCCAGGCAGGGUCUGCUACUCGGCCAGGGGAGGAGGUGAGGGUUCCCCUGUCUUGUGGGCAACGGAAGCUGGGAAAGGGAUGAAGCCAGAGUGUCACACUGUUGGAUUCCAUCUCCCUGGGUGGGCGCACUCUAGGAGGCCAGGGGGAGCAGGAGGCCAUGAGGAGUGGCUCAGAUAGGGGCAGCGACACCCAGAGGAGAAAUGUGGGGCUAAGGAGGGCAGGCCAGGGGGUGGGCGUGGGUGUGCAGAAAGGGGAGGAGCGGAUCCAGGACUAACUGGGCAGAACUGGGGUCACCCCUGAGAUGGGAGCCUGGGGGCGUGAGCACUGCUCUGCUCUGGGGGGAGAUUGGAGUCCCACGUUGAGCUUUUUGGGUGCAAGGUGACUGUGAGACAUCCAAGGGUGACAUAAAGUUGCCGUGGGGUGGCUGGGCCUGGGGCACAGAGGAGCCAGGGUGUCAGCAAAGAGCCACGAUGGAGGCAGCAGGGGUGAGAUGAUCAGCAGAGGAGGAGAGGAGAGAGGACCAGCCUUGGGCACUUUGAUGUCACUGGCCGGGGGAGGGGCUCCAGGGUAGAAGGAGAUGGCUCCCCAGAUGGCAGGAGGGUUGGGUGCACAGCGCGGGGCCACCCCUGAGAGCGGAGCAGGAGCAGCUCGCUCCCCAGUGGAGGAGCAGAUGAUGGUUGGGGCAGCUUGUCGGGCGUGGAGCUGAGCCUUCUUCUGGGCUCAGAGCCCCUGGGCUCUUCCGACGGGGCACUGGGUCUUCUGGGCGAAUUCAGGAGAGUUGUGAGGUUCCUGGAAAGUGGGGAGAGGAACAUGAGAAUCAGUGAAUUGCAGACAGUGGUGUCAGGAGCCACCUGGGCCCCAUGACUGAGGGUAAGGGUCAGGACUGUGGGACCCCCCACUCCUCUGCACCAAUGCCCCUCCCUGCAGGUCAGAAUCCCACAGAGAUGGAGGAUGGCAAACGGCAGUGGAUGUGGAGGACAGAGCGGGAUGCAGGUGGAGUGUGAGGUGGACCAAGGGUGUGUGUGUGUCCUUGCACCUGAGCAGCUGCCCUGGGCAAGGGGAAGAUGUGCUCUGGGCAACCCCAGAGGACAGGACUGGGCUAGGUUUGAGGAGGGAAAUCUGUCUCUUUGCUUGACAGUGGGAAGGGCUGCCCUGUGAGGUGAUGAGCUCCCCGUCCUGGGAGGCAUGGAAGCAGAGACUGGGGCUGUAGCUCUGCAGAGGGGCUUCCAAGCACAUGGAAGUGAGGGGCCUUGGAUCCCGGUUCUGCCCGCAGCUCUGACUCAGGUGCAGCUCCCUGGGUGUCUGAGGCCCACGCAUGGGUGGGGGCGGGGGCCUCCUUGCAGGGCUGCAAGGGCAGUGUCUGACAUACCUGGCUGGGGGUCUUCUCUACGCUUCGCUGUUUGUAGAUCCACCAGUGGGGAGCACCUGAUGCACAAGGCCAGCCCAGAGGGGCGGGGUCAGUGGGAGCAGCUCCCUCCUGCUGGUUGGGACUUGCACAGCCCUGAGCAGGGAGGUGGGCUGGGCCUGGCAGGGCGCCCAGCGCAGGCGCGGGAGGGAGCCAGCAGGGUGUGGCUUCCCAUCCUGGCGAGGUGGAGCCACGGAGACGUCCCCUAGCACCAGACUUUCUCCAGCGCCAGGCCCAGGGAGCCGGUGCCCCACUGGCAGACCUGCUCCUUACCUGCACCUGAGCAGGUGCCUCCUCCCAGCCCGUCUGCACAGCUAGCCUCAGAGAGCUCUUCACCGGCUGUCCUCUCUGCCCGGGCCCCAGCCAUGGCCGUGCAGGUGCCCCUGUGGCACCACUACCUGCAGGCCAUCCGCUCUCGGGGGGCACCCCGGGCGCAGGACCACCAGCGUGCCGAGAACGUGUUGUUCACAGUGCUGGAGCACGUGCAUGCCCGGGACCCCCGCUUCCUCGUGGACUACUCCCACGACCUGGAGGCCUUCCAGUUCACCCUGCGCUCCUCGGAGGACCCGCUGGACAUGGAGGUGCCCCUGUGGGUGGACGCAGAGGCCCUCCUGAUCGAGGAGCUGGGGGUCCCUGAGACGGGGGAUGGCCCCGCAUCCUGCCGCCUGGGCGUCCCCAGGGAAGUGCCCGGCCUGGAGCGGUGGAUGACCGAUGACGUCUUCAGCGCUUCCGAGGACAGCACCACAUGCUGUGGCCACAUCGUGCCUGGCAAGGUCCUGCAUGUCCUCAAGGACCUUCUGGUGGCAGCCAUUGUGCACUGCAAGCACCACAGCCUCAUCACGCCAGGUUCCCUGAACGCAGCCAGCCUGAGGGAGGAGGGGCUCUGUCUGUCCCUGCUGGUGUCCAGUGGCUGGAGAAUGAUCCGCUUCAACAUCGUGCCCGUGGUGCGGAGGAAGCACAGGGUGCCCGCCCUGGAAGGGGCCCAGCUGAUGCCCUGCUUCCCCGAGGGCAGCUUGAAAAGAAUCAUCAGCCAAGAGGUGCCCCUGGUGCCGGCCAGCGCCCAGCACUGGAGGGUCUCCACUGACUACCUGCUCACGAGGCUGCUCGGAGCACUGGGCUCCCUCCAGGGCCACCGCCUGGACAGUCUCUCCAUCCUGGACCGGGUCAAUCACGAGAGCUGGCGUGAUGGUGGCCAAGGCCCUGGUCUGACGUUCGGCCACCUGAAGAUGGUGCUGCUGUGGGCCUCGGUGCUCUUCCCGGCACCCGAGGACUGGGCAGAGCUGCAAGGGGCCACAUACCGUCUGCUGGUGGUGCUGCUCUGCUGCCUGGCCACCAAGAACCUGCCCCACUUCCUCUACCCCGAGCGGAACCUGCUGCAGGACUCCGGCCUGGACCUCAACGCCCUGUACCAGCGUGUGGAGCGCUUUGCCAGCCAGCCCGAGGCGUUUCUGCGCAUCCACGUCACCCACCUGGGCCGCAGCCCCCCGCCGCGCAUCGGCAACGGGAUCAAGGCGCUCCUGCAGCUGCCCGCCAGUGACCCCACCUACUGGGCCACCGCCUACUUCGACGUCCUGCUGGAUAAGUUCCAGGUCUUCAACAUCCAGGACAAGGACCGGAUCUCAGCCAUGCAGAGUAUCUUCCGGAAGACCAAGGCCUUGGGUGGCGACGAGAGCUGAGCUGGGCUGCCCAGUCUCUGCCACCCACAGCCUGGCUGCACUGCCCCACGGGAGGCUCCUGGGACACUUGGAGAAGGGAACGGACUUCACCUUGAGGCGGGCGGUGGCUGGUGGAGGGACUUCAUCCCCAGGGACCACCUCAGACCACCCAGGGGACAGCCUCCCGGGAUCUGAGUGCUGAGCUGCCGGCAUCCUGGAGCAACUGCCUUGUCUCCCCAGGCAAGGCCUGGGAUGAAGGUGCCGUGUACUUCACGUGAUGUGUGUUGACCCAUCCCGUGGGAUGUCAUCAAGACUCUGAAAACCGAGUGUCUACAUGAAACCUGGAGCUCAGGAGCUUGUCCCCACCUGUGUUGUAUGCUUCUCUGUGGUGAUGAAAUACUAUAGACCAGAUCUUGAAUAAAUUAAUGUGUUGGAUAUACACAAUGGGGAUGGUGCCCACCA